AUGGCCUUCAUUUAUGGCUAUGGUGGAACAGGCAAGACAUUCUUAUGGACUACUAUCAUCUCGGCCUUACGCUCUGAAGGUAAAAUUGUGUUAGCAGUGGCUGCAUCUGGUAUUGCGUCUUUGUUACUUCUUGCUGGAAGAACGGCUCAUUCGCGAUUUAAGAUACCGCUCAAUCUAACAGAUCAGUCAACCUGUUACAUAAAGAAAAACACUCAUCUAGCUCAGUUGCUAACAGAAACAACACUCAUAAUAUGGGAUGAAGCACCUAUGAAUGAUCGCAGAUGCUUUGAGCCACUUGACAGAACACUUAGAGACUUGCUGAAUAGACCUCAUCAACCUUUCGGAGGCCAGUCCAUAUUACUUGGGGGUGACUUCCGACAAACUUUACCAGUAAUACCAAAGGCUUCAAAAAAUGUAAUUUUAUCAUCGUCUCUUCCAAGAUCAUAUCUAUGGAGACAUUUUAAAGUGUACAAAUUGACAGAAAACAUGUGCUUUCAAAGUACGAAUCUAGACGCAAAUCACAGAGCCAAGAUUGCAACGUUCUCAUCAUGGUUGCUUGAUGUAGGUGACGGGAAAUUAGGAACUCCAGACGUUGACAAUCCCCAAAACACUAGAAACAUCGAGAUCCCGUUAGACUAUGUCAUACCUUAUAGUGAUAAUGCACUUCAAGAGCUUAUUCAGUUUAUCUAUGAUGACGCCACUUUGCAGAAUCCAACAACUGAAAUUCUUCACAACAAAGCAAUUGUUUGUCCUAAAAAUGAAACUGCACAAGAGAUUAAUAACAUGGUUCUUGCAUGUAGCCCUGGAUAUAGCAAGAUAUAUCUCAGCACUGACACAAUGAUACCCAACUUAGGAAGCCAUGGUGAUAUUGAAAUGCUUUACCCAACAGAGUAUUUGAACUUGCUGCAUUUUAGUGAACUGCCGCCACAUCAGUUAGAGCUAAAAGUAAAUACACCAGUUAUGCUAAUACGUAACAUCAAUCAAACAGCUGGUUUGUGCAAUGGCACAAGAUUAAUAAUUACACAAUUGCUUCCAAGGGUGAUUGAGGCACAUAUAGUGACUGGUACUGCAAUUGGCCACCGUGUGUACAUACCACGUAUAUCUCUGACACACACAGACAACGAACUACCUUUCACUUUCAAGAGAAAGCAAUUUCCGAUUAAACUAUGCUACGCCAUGACAAUUAACAAAAGCCAAGGCCAAUCACUUAACAAGAUCGGGGUAUACCUUCCCGAGCCAGUGUUCGACCAUGGUCAAUUAUAUGUGGCAUUAUCAAGGGCAACAUCCCCAGACUCUUUAAAAAUACUAACAACCCCAAUGAAGGAUAUGCCAUCCAAUGUUACGAAGAACAUAGUCUACUCUGAUUUUCUACAUCAGAUAGACAUUAACCAAUCUUAA